UACAGAACUCUGCAUCCAACCAGAAAGCUGUCGCUCCUCUCUCUCUCUGUUUUCUCUCUCUAUACGUCAAUGGCGAAUCUGUUUACAGCGUAGAGCCAUUAUCGACGGUCCAGCGUACAGAGACGUCAACCGCCUUGUACUCAAAACUGACCGGUUGAUCUGAGAGUCUGCUCGUCGGAUUUGUUGAGAGACGACUAGUUUCGGAAGUUGUGGAGUGGUGAAUUUUGAGGAGCUGUAGUGGCGGCAUUAUUAGCUUUCAGAGGAGUAGUUUUCUGAUCUGAAUUUGGCUUUUUUUGGUUAUGAUAUGAUUUAGUGGUUGUAGGAUUAGUUUUGCUGAAUCUUAGUUUCGUUAUGUGAUUCCGGUGGUGCCUGAUGAUAGGUCGUAGUGGUAGUGUUUGUGAUUGUUGGAUGUUCAGGUUGAUCAAUAGCUAGUACUUUUGGUUUUAUCUGCUGGGCAAUUAAAGGGGCUUGCAGAAUUUGGACAUGAGAAGCCCUUGGUUCAAAAAACUAUCUCUGGUUUUCGGCCCUAGACCGCCGCUUAACUGGAUACUCUUGCUUAUUGUCAGCAUCUGUGUGCUAAUAGCUUUAUUGGGUUCCUCUUCUUCUAGUUCUUUUGAUUCUGUUACUUCAACUGCAAAACCUGACAUUUAUACAAACUAUAGAAGGCUAAAGGAGCAAGCGGCUAGUGAUUACUUAGAGCUAAGGAGCAUUACCUUGGGAGCUAACCAUGUAAAGGAUGUUGGUCUUUGUAACAAGGAUAGAGAGAACUAUGUGCCUUGCUACAAUGUGUCUGCACAUUUACUAGCUGGCUUUAAGGAUGGGGAGGAGCUUGAUCGGCAUUGUGAGAUUUCACGAGGUUGGCAGCAGUGUUUGGUUCGUCCUCCCAAGGACUAUAAGAUUCCUCUGAAUUGGCCAUCAGGCAGGGAUGUCAUCUGGAGUGCAAAUGUGAAAUUAACCAAAGACCACUUCCUGUCAUCUGGAAGUAUGACAAAAAGGCUAAUGUUACUAGAAGAGAAUCAGAUAGCUUUUCAUUCUGAGGAUGGAAUGGCAGAUGAUGGUGUCAAAGAUUACUCUUACCUAAUUGCAAAGAUGAUAGGGCUGGGAAAUGACCAUGAACUUUUUCAAGCUGGCGUGCACAAAGUGUUAGAUAUUGGCUGUGGGUUUGGUAGCUUUGGGGCUCACUUACUCUCACUGAAGUUGAUGCCUCUCUGUGUAGCAGCAUAUGAGUCUUCAGGUAGCCAAGUCCAAUUAGCACUUGAGAGAGGGCUUCCAGCAAUUAUUGGAAACUUCAUUUCAAAACAACUUCCAUUUCCAGCAUUGUCAUAUGAUAUGGUUCAUUGUGCUCAGUGUGGAAUCCGAUGGGACAAAAAAGAUGGGCUAUUUCUUAUUGAAAUUGAUCGAAUACUCAAGCCUGGAGGUUAUUUUGUUUUAACCUCACCCACAAGCCAGCAACAAGGCAGUUCUAUCAGUACUAAGUCAGGAAGUGUGUCAACUCCAUUUGAAGAGUUCACCAAGAAAAUAUGUUGGGAUCUUAUAGGACAACAAGGAGAGACUUUCAUGUGGCAGAAGACACUUGAUUCUCAAUGUGUAUCUAUCAAGCAGAGAACUGUGCCUGCAUGUAAAGGAGAGGAUAUUCAAACAUAUUAUCAGCCUCUUGCUCCUUGUAUUUCUGGGACAACCAGUAAUAGAUGGAUUCCAGUCCACACCAGAUCUGAUUCUCUAAACUCAAGUGACCUUCUAAUUCAUGGUAUUCAUCCUGAUGAUUUCUAUGAAGACUCAGAGUUCUGGAGGUCUUCUUUAAGAAACUAUUGGUCAGUUCUUUCACCCUUAAUUUUCUCUGACCAUCCAAAGAGGCCAGGUGAUGAGGAUCCAUUGCCUCCACAUAAUAUGGUUCGCAAUGUGAUGGAUAUGAAUGCACAUUAUGGCGGUUUAAAUGCUGCAUUAUCUGAGGCAAGAAAAUCAGCAUGGGUGAUGAAUGUUGUUCCUCUUGGGGCGCGCAAUACACUUCCUCUCAUACUUGAUCGAGGUUUUGUAGGUGUUCUGCAUAACUGGUGUGAACCCUUUCCUACGUACCCCAGAACAUACGACAUGAUUCAUGCCAGUGGACUCCUCUCACACCAUAACUCACAAGGCUGCAGUAUGACUAACCUACUUUUUGAAAUGGAUCGCAUCUUGCGGCCUGAGAGAAUGAAGCAGAUAGCGAAACUGGACGUGGAACUGACGGUUGAAGAGCGGAAUUUGCUGUCGGUUGGGUAUAAGAACGUGAUAGGCGCGAGGAGGGCGUCGUGGAGGAUCAUGUCUUCGAUCGAGCAGAAAGAGGAAUCGAAGGGGAACGAAAACAACGUCAAGCUCAUCAGAGCCUACCGCCAGAAGGUUGAAGACGAGCUCUCCAAAAUCUGCAAUGACAUUCUCGAGAUCAUCGAGAAACACCUCGUUCCGUCCUCCAAGUCCGGCGAAGCCACCGUCUUCUUUUACAAAAUGAAAGGUGACUAUUUCAGGUAUCUUGCUGAGUUCAAGAAUGACUCUGAGAAAAAAGAAGCUGCUGAGCAAUCUCUCAAGGGCUAUGAGGCGGCUUUUGCGGCGGCAAACACCGAGCUCCCAUCCACUCAUCCAAUUCGUCUUGGACUAGCAUUGAACUUCUCUGUGUUCUACUAUGAGAUCAUGAACUCUCCAGAAAGGGCCUGUCAUUUGGCAAAGCAAGCAUUUGAUGAGGCGAUAUCUGAGAUAGACACUCUGAGCGAGGAGUCAUACAAGGACAGCACCUUAAUCAUGCAGCUCUUGAGAGACAACCUCACACUUUGGACUUCUGAUUUGCCAGAAGAUGGAGGCGAAGACACCGCAAAAUCUGAAGAAUCCAAAGCUGCAGAAUCUCAAGUGAAAGCAGUAAUGGUGGAAACCAGCAGCCAUGAAUCAGUUUCCUAUAAUUAAGUAGCAAUACCUGCUGAAGAAACAUUUUACCAACAAAG